GGUUGGUUAGCUGGCUAGCUGAACUGGGUCCCCGGCUGUCACUACCUAAUAUAUCACUUUAUCCUUAGCUGUGUGCUCGAUACAAUCGCCAAGAUGUUUGAGGAGGCCAGUGAAGUGUUCGAUAACAUGUUUAAAUCAUCGUUUCCCCUCACCUUCAUCGUGUUUAUCCCGGCGGUGUUGAUCCUGGUGUCGCCGCUGCCGGCCGAGGCUGCUCAUGAGUUCACGGUGUACCGCAUGCAGCAGUAUGACCUGCAGGGACAGCCCUACGGUACCAGGAAUGCCAUCCUGAAUACGGAGGCUCGUACUGUGGAAGCAGAGGUACUAAGUCGUCGCUGUGUUAUCAUGCGGCUGGCAGACUUCUCCUAUGAAGAGUACCAAAAAGCCCUGCGCCAGUCAGCAGGAGCUGUGGUCAUCAUCCUGCCCAAGAACAUGUCUGCUAUGCCACAGGACAUAGUACAGCAGUUCAUGGAGCUGGAGCCAGAGAUGUUGGCAACUGAGACCAUCGUCCCUGUGUACUUUGCCAUGGAGGACGAUGAGCUCCUGUCCAUCUACACCCAAACCCUGACCUCCUCCUCCUCACAGGGAUCCUUAUCGGCAGCGGAAGUGCUGCUUCAUACAGCCACAGCCAACGGAUUUCAGAUGGUGACCAGUGGAGCUCAGAGUAAAGCUGUCAGUGACUGGGCCAUCACCAGUUUAGAGGGUCGUCUGGCUGGUGUUGGAGGAGAAGACCUGCCCACUAUUGUCGUAGUCGCUCACUACGACUCCUUUGGUGUUGCUCCGUGGCUUUCUUACGGAGCAGACUCAAACGGCAGUGGGGUGUCCAUGUUACUAGAGCUGGCUCGUCUCUUCUCGAAACUUUACACCUACAAGAGGACACAUGCAGGGUACAACCUGCUCUUCUUUGUAUCUGGUGGGGGGAAGUUCAACUACCAGGGCACCAAACGUUGGCUGGAGGACAAUCUGGACCAUACAGACUCCAGUCUGCUGCAGGACAACGUAGCCUUUGUUUUGUGUCUGGACACUCUGGGAAAUGGAGACUCUCUGCACCUCCAUGUGUCCAAACCUCCUAAAGAGGGAACUCCUCAGUAUUCUCUGCUCAAGGAGCUGGAGCUGGUGGUUGCGAGUCAGUACCCAGAGGUCAAGUUCUCCAUGGUCCACAAGAAAAUCAACCUGGCCGACGACAUGCUGGCCUGGGAGCACGAGCGCUUUGGGAUCCGCCGGCUGCCCGCCUUCACGCUGUCCCAUCUGCCCUCCCACCGCCUGGCUCAGCGCUCCAGCAUCAUGGACGUGCGGUCAGUGUCCCUCUCCUCUCGCCAUGGAGCGGGAGAGCCCCCUGCUGGGCCUCAUGUAGAUGUGAAGAAACUCAGCAGGAACACCAAGCUGGUAGCAGAGGCACUGGCCAGGGUCAUCUACAACCUCACCGAAAAGGGGGCUCCUGGGGACCUGCAGAUCUUCACUGAACAGAUGCAGGUGCAGGACGAGCAGCUGUCAGCAGUGGUUGACUGGCUCACAGCGCAGCCCCGGGCCGCUCAGCUGGUGGACAAAGACAGCAGCGUGGUGUCCACUUUAGAGUAUCACCUCGGACACUACCUCAAGGAUGUCAAGAGACACUAUGUCAAAGCAGACAAAAGGGAUCCAGAGUUUGUUUUCUACGACCAGCUGAAGCAGACUAUGAAUGCCUACAGAGUGAAGCCUGCUAUUUUUGACUUGCUGCUGGCUGUCUGCAUUGCAGCUUACUUAGGGAUGAUGUAUCUGGCUAUCCAGAACUUUGGAGUCCUGUACAGUGUUGUCCGUAGAAUCACCCAACCCAAGGCGAAGGCUCAUUAAGGUGCACUCCAACGCUUUUUUUCUCCCAACUUUUUUCCUCAAGUCAAAGAACUUUUAACAAUAAGAACACAGAAGCUGGGCCGAGCUGCUGUUCUCAUGAUGGUUUUCAAACCAGCUGAGUCUUUUAUCUCCUUCACCCUGAUCCGCAAACUAUGAUGUCAGAUCCUGUCCUGCUGCCAACCUAAUCCAUUUGGUCUCACGGACCAGAAUAAUCAGGAAUCAUUGUUCACUCUCCCUGCCUUCAUGAACACAGAUGUCUUUUCAUUCAUUUAAAAUAAUCCCCCUCUUCAGAAAUAUUUCAUAAUUUGACUCUUGUGAGGGAUGUAAAGCAUUUGUCCACACCUCUGAGAUCGAGACGAGAUUAAGAGCCUCUGAUGUUGCUCUUCCAUCGAUCACUCCUCCUUCCUCCUCUCAGUAUAUUGUACGAGUGAUCGCUCUGCCAAACUGACGUCAUGUGUUGUCUCAGGCAGCUACAGGGAGAAACUGACCACACAGAGUUUAGCCCAGAAUUUCUAAGAGAGAUGUGUUCAACCGACCUGGUUAUUAAAGGACAGAUUCACGUUUUCAUUCUGCUCAAACACAAUACUCUCAUUCCCAUAAAGACGUUUGUGUUCUUUAUCUCAAUACUGACUGUGUAAAUCCCCUUUCUGUGCAAAAACACCUUCUAAGGAUCAGCUGGAGGUAUUAAAAGUACUGAAUGCACAGAAGGAUUUUUUUAAAUGGAGAGCUGCAACGAUUCGUUGAUUAAUUGAAAACUCGAUUGACAGUAAAAAGAAUCACCAAGUAUUUUUACAGUUAAAAGUAAUUUUUCAUGCAGAAAUGGCAGAUAAUUACGUGUCCAGCCUCUCAAAUAUAAACAUUUUCAGCUUCUGUCUGUUUUAUAUCAUAUUUAACUGAAUACAUUUGGUGUUUGGACUUCCAAAAUAAGACAUUUAAAGGCAUCACCUUUGACUCUGAGAAACAGAAUUGGACGUUUUUCACUAUUUUACAACAUUUUUAUAGACCAAAUGAUUAAUCGAGAAAAUAAUCAUCAGAUGAAUGGGAACUGUAAUGAAUUGUUUGUUGCAGCUUUAAUUUUGUCUUCCAUCUCUUCAGGGCUGCAGCUAACCAUUAGUUUCUUCAUCAACGGAUCUCUUGAUUCUUUUUUCCUUUUAUUAAUCAAUCGAUCACUCAGACUAUGAAAUGUCAGAAAAAAAGUGAAAAAGACCCACUGCAGGUUGUCAAGAUGGCAUUUUCCAAUUGCAUUUUCUUUCAUUAACAAAACAAUAAAACAUCUAGUUAAUGAUAUGAAACACAGAAAUCAGAUUAAAAUGUUUGGCAUUUGGGCUUGAUAAAUGACUUGAGUAACUCACCUGCAACAUGGCAAUUUUAAUUGAAAUUACUCACCCUGUGCCACUUUGAAUUCCACAGUGAAUGAAGAAUAUGAAAACUGUAAUAUUCUUGAUGAGUAUAUAAAAACAUGGAUUUAAAAUCUUUCACACAGCUCAUGUUGUGAAAUCAAAGUCUCUACAAUCCGAUCAUUUUGAGGAUGAAGUGAUUAUCAAAAUACCUGGCGAAAGAUUUUCUGUUCAUCAUAUCAGUUCAUAUAUGGGCAUAUGAGUAUUGUGUUGGGACAGACUUAAAUAAAAUCUGAAUUUAUCCUUUUAAAAGUGCAGUGAAAAGGUCUCCACAAAUAUUGUUUACGGAUGAGACUAAUUGUCUGAAUAAAAUGUGAAGUAGUGUUUAGGUUAUCCUGAUUGCCUUGGUAGUGAAUUUAAUAAAAGAAACAUUCGACUGAAUGAAGACAAAUUCCUUGCCAAACAAUUAUUGUAUGUAUUAAUCUCCCCGUUUAAUAUAUAACGUAAUAGAAAUUUAAAGCAGAUUCCAAGUUGAAAUUUUCCUUCUUACAUUUUUGUGCCACUUUUUCUGUAGUUGAGGUUUGUUUCCUGUUGCUGUGUGACUUGAUGUGUCUUAUUUUUUACUGCCAAGUCUUUUUUUUUUUUUUGAUUGAUUGAUUGAUUGAAGUCGUGCUGGUGAUGUUACUUCAUCUUAAAGCUCGUGUUGGACAAAGGUCACAUGCAACAAACAUGUUGUCUAAUCAGAGCACAUGUGUUAAGUGUGUAAAAGUACAAUGCCAACACAUCAUGAAGAGAUAAAACUCCCCCUUUAAUCCUUUUUAUCAGUAGAAAACAUGUGCUGAAUUUGACCUUUUGCUGACUGCAGCAAUUAUGUGAUUUAACUUAAUCAGAUACUUUUAAAGCAUUGUUAAGCUUUGGGUCAAGCCAGCACUGCAGUAUUUGUACACUGGAUGUCUUAAAAUUGGCAAUAACACAAAGGGUGUUGCAUUAAAUAUCUUAUAUGCACCUAUAUUACUUUGAUGAGAUAUUGUUGUGUGUAGAGCUGAUACUGCAGUGUUUCCUCGACCUCUCCUCUGCCCUGGUCUUGCCUUGUUGUGGGUGAAUGGUGUUUAUUUUGUAUUUUUCAUGUGUUACUGCAUGACCUGUGUCCCAGAACAAUGACAGGAUUUUUUAUAAUUUACCAACAUGAGGGAAAUACUGUGUGGUACACAUGACUUUUUAAUUUAUUGAAGCGGUUGGUUUUCGUUUGUGCACUGAACUGAACUCUCCUCUGGUCUGAACUCUGUUUCAUCCACAACACUUGAUCUUUGCAAUGAAAAUGAUAUCAGUUGUGAUUAAAAUAAAUAAAAAGGAAUUUAAAGAAA